AUGACUACAGCUCAGAACCUUUCAUUUGUCCUCCAGGGCAUCCACAAGGUUAAAUUUGAAGACCGCCCGGUUCCCGAGCUGAAGAACCCCCACGAUGUCAUCAUCAACGUCAAGUAUACCGGUAUCUGCGGAAGUGAUGUGCACUACUGGGAACAUGGCUCGAUCGGUUCAUUUGUCGUCAAAGACCCUAUGGUUCUUGGCCACGAGUCAGCAGGCAUCAUCAGCCAAGUCGGAUCAGCCGUCAAGACCCUAAAGGUGGGUGACCGGGUUGCCAUGGAGCCCGGUACCUGCUGCCGUCGGUGCGAGCCCUGCAAGGCUGGAAAAUACAACCUGUGCGAGGACAUGCGCUUCGCCGCGACCCCACCCUAUGACGGCACUCUCGCCAAGUACUACACCCUCCCCGAGGAUUUCUGUUAUAAGCUUCCCGAGCACAUCUCUCUGCAGGAGGGAGCUCUGAUGGAGCCUCUCGCUGUUGCCGUCCAUAUCGUGCGCCAAGCUAGCGUCAACCCGGGACAGUCGGUGGUUGUAUUCGGCGCCGGCCCGGUGGGCUUGCUAUGCUGUGCCGUGGCGACUGCCUUUGGUGCCUCCAAGGUCAUCGCCGUGGAUAUCCAGCAACAGCGUCUUGACUUUGCCAAGGACUACGCCACGACGUCGACCUUCAUGCCCAGCAAGGUUGCGGCCACUGAGAACGCCGAGCGCCUGAGACAAGAGAAUGAGCUCGGCGCCGGUGCCGAUGUGGCGAUUGACGCCUCGGGUGCGGAACCCUCUGUGCACACGGGCAUCCAUGUACUGCGCAACGGGGGCACCGAGAUUCAGUUCCCUAUCAUGGCAGCUUGCUCCAAGGAGUUGACUAUCAAGGGCAGCUUCCGGUAUGGCAGUGGAGACUACAAGCUUGCCGUUGGACUGGUUUCGUCCGGCAAGGUCGAUGUCAAGAAGUUGAUUACCGACACUGUCAAGUUCGACCAAGCCGAGCAGGCCUUUAUCGGGGUCAAGGCUGGCAAGGGCAUCAAGACCCUGAUUGCUGGUAUUGAUGUGUAA